AUAUACGAACGACAAGUACAAACAAGAGUAAAACACCCCGCAUAUAGGUUAUUGUUUAUUGGAGCGGCUUUGUGUUUAGUUGAUUAAAAAAAUGAGUUGUUGUGGUUGUGAUGAUGAUGAGGAACAACGAUCAGGACAAACACACAUUCGAGGAUGUACCGAUGUAUUUUGGCUGAUCCUUUUUAUUUUAUUUUGGUUCCUAAUGAUUUUAAUCGCUGCAUUUGCUUUCGUUUAUGGUAAUCCAAUAAGGUUAAUAAAUGGUUAUGACAGUUUUGGAAACACCUGCGGAGUGAAAAAUAAUCCCAAAUUUGGUAAUAUGGAAUUAUCUGGUCAAGAUACUAGCGAGAAACCAUUUCUAUUUUUCAUGGAUGUAACAAAUGUGAAAAAUUCAUUGAAAAUUUGCGUGAAACAAUGUCCAACACGUAAAUUAAAUACAAUGGAUGAUGUUUGUCAAUUUUAUAAAGAAACUGGUUCACAAUUAUGUCAUGAUGGGCCUGGCAGUAAUUUUAGUGCAUGCAAUAGUAGUAAUAAUAAAAAUAAAACUGGUUCAUGUCCUGAAUUGCCAGUUUAUGAUAGUAUCUCAGUUUUAAAUCGAUGUAUACCAAAAGCAGUUAAAGAAACAGCAGGAGCAAUUGUUUCUAAUUUAUAUGGAGUUUUAAAUUCAUGGGAUGUUAUUGAACAAGUUUUGGGAGAUUUAUAUAAAACGUGGAGAGAAAUUUUGGCAUUCUCAUUCCUUGCAUUUGUAUUGUCUCUAUUGACAAUUGCAAUUUUCCAUUUAUUGGCGAGUUUUGUAACGUGGAUUGUAAUGAUUCUUGUCAGCGUUUCUUCUAUUGUCGGCACUGGAUUAUUGUGGUGGACUUAUUUUGAUAUAAAGAAAAAUUUGGAUAAUACCGAUGAUACUCAACUUCUAGAGGAAUCAGUUCGAAAUGAAAAAGCAUUUUUAGCCUUCUCUAUAAUUGCCACAAUUAUAACUGUAGUUCUGUUCUUUUUGCUCAUAACUCUACGAAAACACAUUGGAUUAAUGACGACACUUUUUAGAGAAAGUGCCAAAUGUUUAGCUGAACUUCCCGGAUUAUUUUUCACACCUCUCUUAACAUUUGUGGCACUAUUAUUAUUUUUUGUCUACUGGGUGGCGGUUAUUCUUUCCCUCGCAACUGCCAAUUAUCCAGGUACAAAACCGGUGCAAAAAUAUAGAAAUCUAAUAUUUGAUUCAGUGACACUUAAUGACUCGGCACUUGAAGGAAGAAAUUUUCUAAAGGAUCACAAAGUUCAGGAUCAUCUUUCGCUUGAUAAUUUCAAAACUUUUACACUUGUUGAAUAUGUGGAUUCAACAUGGGUGAAAUAUAUGUGGUGGGUUUAUAUUAUUGGUUUGAUUUGGACAUCGGAAUUUAUUAGCGCUUGUCAAAAUAUGGUAAUUUCUGGAGCUGUUGCCCACUGGUAUUUUAGAGGUAAAGAUGCGAGUCGCUCGCCAGUUUGUUCAUCAUUGGGAACAUUAUUCUGCUAUCAUUUGGGUUCCGUUGCUUGUGGAUCGUUUCUGAUUACUCUUUUUAAAUUGCCACGUUUAAUUCUCACCUUUUUGCAUCAAAAGUUUGAAAAAACGAAAGAAACUUCACCGUGCGCACAAUGUGGUUUAAAGUGUUGUAUUUGCUGUUUUUACUGUUUGGAGAAAUUUAUUCGUUUUAUGAAUCACAAUGCUUAUACAGUGGUGGCAAUAGAGGGGACAAAUUUUUGCAAAUCUGCAAGAGUGGCUUUCGCAACAAUUGUCAGCAAUGCGGUUCAAAUAGCAGUUAUUAAUAGCGUGGGAGAUUUUAUUCUUUUCCUGGGAAAAUGUUUCGUGACUGCAGCUACUGGAAGUAUUGGUUUAAUUUUCCUCAAGUACAAUUCGCGUCUCUAUUUUUAUGCCGCACCGGUAUUUGUCAUCUGCGUGUUUGCCUUUUUCAUCGCACAUUGCGUCAUUUCACUUUAUGAGACAAUCAUCGAUACGCUCUAUCUUUGCAUUUGUGAAGAUAAAAAUUUGAAUGGAGAAAAUGGAAAAUGGCGAGAAUCUGGUUUGGCUCAACUUGGACAAAGUACAAAUACAAAUGGUCAACAAUCACACGAGUUAGCUCCAAUGAAUCAAUAAGUAUUAUAGUUUCUCGAGUAUUUUAUAUUAUCUUUUUCCUAUGUUGCUUCCAAGGUGAGUUUUCCAUUUUUAUUUUUUUUCUUUAAAUUUGCAUUGAGAAUUUUUUGAAAAUAAUUCUUUCAUUUUACAUUAUUUGUAAAAUUCAUUUCAUUUAGAUAUUUAUUAAGAUCAUUUUAAUUGACAGAAUAAUUUCUGUAAAAAAUUAAAUUUUGUAAACAUUUUUGAUCUCAUCUCAGAAAAUCAUUAAUUUAGUAAUGUAAGUAUUUUAAUUAAUUUUUACGGUAUAAUUCCUUUUUUUUAAUUAAUUAAUUAUAUCUGUGUUUAAUUUUUACCAAUUUUGCCUUGUGAGAAAGAGAAGGUAUUUUUUUAAUCAAAUUGUAUACGAAAUUGAAACUAAAAGUAAAGUUACAGUCAAGCAGAGGCUUGUAUAACGUACAAAAAUAAUUAAUAAUCAGCACUUUUAUAUAAUGUAUUUUUCUCAACAUUGAUUGUGAAUAUUUUUUAAAUGAAAGUGAAUUUUAAUCAUUAAAAAAAUAAAACAUAAUUGAUGGUGCUUUUUGAUGGAUGUGAUUGCACGAAACACUUUGCACAAAAAUCACGAAAAAAAAAAAAAAAAUUAAAAUAGUUAUUGAAGAAAUCAAAAGUUAAUUUUUGAACUUCUUUUAAAAACUACUUUUUAAAGAAGUUAUUUAUAUUGUAAAAUGCGUUUAUUUUUUAAAUACUAUUUACAAAAAAAAAUAUAUAUAUAUAUAUCGCAAGACGAUUAAUUUUUAUACUAUUAUACACAUUUGAAAUUGUGUGUUUACACAAGCACUGAGAGCAUUUUUGCCUUUAUAUAUAACCACUUUUGACGAAUAUAUAUAUAAAAAAAAAUUAAUUAUAAGCCCUGUACUGCCUUAUAUUUUGCAGUUUAAAUAUUUACUUUAUAAUAUUUCAUUUCUCUAAUUGAAAUUUUAUAUUUAAAUUGUAUGUUUAUUAUUAUGUAAAAUCUUUAUUGUGAUUUUGUCAUGUGUAUUUUUUUAAAAGCUAGGUCUAAAAUUAAAAUAGUAAUUAAAUAGAAGAAUAAUUAUUUUAUGGAAAUAAUUAAAAAAUGCAAAAAUAGAUUUUCUCAAUUAAAAAAAAAAGAAUUUUAGACCUUGCCUUUUUUAAAAAAUAUAUUUUUUUUUGAAUAAGCGAUAAUUAAAUUUACACCAGCGAUUAUAUUGUAACUUGAUUUUUAUUAUUAUUAAAAAAAAGUGGUCUUUA